UCUAUUGCUUCCCCUAGUUAGUAUGCAAGAAUUUGGAAUUAAAUCUUCUGAUUGUUUUUUCUUUAUCCUUUAGAAGAUAUCAGUCAGCUAAUAAGAUCUACUUGUUAGAUUUUAGGGUUUAAAUUUAACCCGAAUAGUUCGGAAAACCCUAGUUUAACUGUGAUAGUGAAAUGAAAUUAUGGGUUUAUUGUUUUCGUGUAAAGUUGUGAUAAAAAAUAGGAGCAAUUCAAGGAAAGCUUUUCAAUGGCCUUCUACUAUGAAUUUUAUAAGUGAAUCCCAGCAGCAGAUUUUGCUAGUAAAUGAAGCUUGCCAUGGCGACGGUAAGUUUUCAGGCAUCUGUACUGAGCAUGAUCUGUUGUUAAAACAAGUGCAAUGCUUUCCAUGGAUAUAGAUCUUGAGGUGCCUUCAAAAGAAGAAGAGAAGUUAAUUCCAGGAUCAGAUGAAAAUGCUGAUGUCAUGGACGUAGAAGAUGAUGAUGGAACUCCUCCUGCAACCACUGAGCAUGCAGUGGAAGCAUGUGAACCAAAUUUGAUGGAGAGUUUUGCUGGUUGUGAGAACCAGGUGGAUGUGCCUAUUGCUGAAGCCAACGUCAGCAAAGGUGCCAUUCUUGAGCCUCAAAAUGGUAUGGACUUUGAGUCAAAGGAAGCAGCAUAUUCUUUUUACCAAGAGUAUGCUCGGUCAGUGGGAUUUGGAAUCACAAUAGUUUCUAGUCGUCGUUCAAAAAGAUCUGGAAAAUUUAUUGAUGUAAAAGUUGCAUGUUCUAGAUUUGGAAGCAAGCGUGAAUCUAACAAAACUCUCAAUCCUCGGUCAUGUCCAAAGACUGGCUGCAAAGCACGCAUGCAUAUGAAGAGGAGGCAAGAUGAAAAAUGGAUAAUCCAUAGUUUUGUGAAAGAGCAUAACCAUGAAAUUUGUCCUGAUGACUUUUACUAUGCUAUUAGGGGAAGGAGCAAACAGCCUGAUGCAGUGGCAUGCCAAAAGAAAGGCCUGCAGCUGGUUCUAGAUGAGAAAGAUGUAGAACUGAUGCUUGAUUUUUUUAUGUGUAUGAAGGAUGAGAAUCCAGAUUCCUUUUAUGCAAUGGAUUUUGAUAAUGAAAAAUGUGUAAGGAGUGUGUUCUGGGUUGAUGCAAGAGGUAGACAUAAUUACAGUCACUUUGGUGAUGUGGUAUUUUUUGAUACCUUUUUUGUUAGAAACAAAUACAAGAUUCCUUACAUUCCUAUUAUUGGAGUAAAUCAUCACUUCCAGUACGUGUUGCUUGGAUGUGCUCUUAUUGGGGAGAGUACUACAUCAGCUUUUGUUUGGCUAAUGCAUACAUGGCUUAAAGCAAUGGGUGGCAAAGUUCCUAAAGUGGUACUUACUGAUCAGGACAAAGUUUUGAAUGAAGCUAUUGCUGAUGUGUUUUCCAACUCUCGCCAUUGUUUCUGUUUGUGGCAUGUACUAUGUAAGUUUCCUGAGAAUUCAGGUUGUAUUAUGAAUCAGAAUGAGAAUUUCAUGAAAAAGUUCAAUAAAUGCAUAUAUAGGUCUUGGACACAUGAACAGUUUGAAGAGAGAUGGUAUAGGAUGGUUGACAAGUUUGAGCUGAAGGAACAUGAAUGGGUUCUUUCAUUGUAUAAUGAUCGGGAAAAGUGGGCUCCUAUCUAUAUGCGGCAUGUAUUUUUAGCUGGAAUAUCUUCGACUGAGCGAUCUGAAAGUGUUGCAUCUUUCUUUGAUAAGUUCAUGCAUAAAGCAGCUACAUUCAGUGAGUUCAUUGGGCAGCUUAAAUCUUUCUCAAUAGAGUUGUAUGAAAUGGAAGCCAAAGCUGAUUUUGAAACACAAAAUAAGCAACCUUUAUUGAGAUCUGUCUCAGCUUUUGAGAAGCAGAUGUCCAUGAUCUAUACAGAUACAGUAUUCAAGAAAUUUCAGGCUGAGAUUUUGGGAAUGGUGUCUUGUCACCUACAGAAGGAAAGUGAAGAUGAGGACACUGUUUUCUUUCGCGUUGAUGAUUUUGAAGAACGUCAAAAUUUCCUUGUAGUUUGGAGCAAAAGAGAAUUUGAUAUAUGCUGUUUAUGCCGUUCAUUUGAAUACAAAGGUUUCCUUUGUAAGCAUUCCCUCCUUGUUCUUCAGAUGUCUGGUGUUUCUGACAUUCCAUGCCACUAUAUAUUAAAACGUUGGACCAAAGAGGCAAAGAUUAGGCAAAAUCUAGGUGAAAAAUCAAACAGGCUUCAUUAUCGUGUGCAACGAUUCAAUGAUCUAUGCAAGCGGGCCAUCGAAUUGGGUGAAGAAGGUUCUUUAUCUGAAGAAGCAUAUGGUAUUGCACUACAAGCAUUGGAAGAAGCCUUGAAAUAUUCUGUGGGUGUGAACAACUCUGGUAAAGUGUUUUGAGGCAAGAACACUACCAGUUAAUGGUUUUCUUGAG